CACGCCUGACACACCCUGUAGUCAGCCAUGAUGCUCCUGCAGAGUCACUUACCAGGGUGAAGGAAACACUCAAUUCUGGAGCAAUACUCAACUUACAGACAACAUGGCGGUGUAACUGUAUGGACGGGGAACUAAUCUCGCCGCGAGAGUCACUUAUAGACGAAGAGGACGCGGGAGAAGUGUCUCCACAGAUGUUAGAACGCGCAUAACAUGAGUGAGGGAAAGAACAAAAGAGAACAUUUUCAGAGACUGCCCUGACCUAACCUGCUAUUAUAACUACUGCUGGAUCUACUGAAGCUUGUGUAGUGACUGUGUUAAAGGAAACUAUGAUAAUGUGAUGAAGAAAAAUAAGAUAUAUUUAUGAAAAGAAAUAGUGAAUGAAUUAUAUAAUGAAAGCUGAACAUAAGUUGAGGAGAAAACAAUGAACAUUAUAAAAGGAAACUGCCAUUACUGUGAUUAAUAAAACUCGGCGACUGAUGAAAAAAAUAAAUAAAUAAAAACCAGUGAAAUGAACAAUGAAAGCUGGAUAUAGACAGAGACAUCAACAAUGGAGAAGUGUUCCAUACUUGAAAAUUAACUGAUGUGUGGGUGGGCCGGCAGGAUGGUGGUGGCUCAGGGUGGACGGCUGGUACGUGGUGGUGGGGUGGCCAGCACCGGCUGUGGCAUGACACCCCGGGAACUCUCAGACUAUGAUGAUCUGGCCACCUCCCUUGUCCUGGACCAGUACCUGGGCUUUGUCACCCACAAGAUGAACAUCAGGUACCGGCCUCUUCGGGGCAACAAGGACCACCUGCUGGGCAUAAUUGAGGACUUCAUACAGCACCAAGACUAUGAGAAGGCCUUCAAGCAGCUAGUCUCUGGGGAUUGGAUGCCCUGGACCUUCUUCAUCACCAAGAACAAAACACUGCAGGCCACAUUCAAGGAACAUGUGAUUCGCUAUCUGCGGGUCUUUGACAAGGACAGUGGCUUUGUUGUAAAGGCAUGUUACCGAUAUUCCAUGGAAGGUUGCGUGGGGGCCAAGAUCUGUGCCACCAAGAAGUGGUACAAGAAUGAGCAAAUUGGAUUCCUAGUUGGCUGCAUUGCUGAACUCAGUGAAGAGGAAGAGACCCAACUGCUGCACCCAGGCAAGAAUGACUUUUCAGUGAUGUAUUCCUGCAGGAAAAAUUGUGCCCAGCUAUGGCUAGGACCUGCAGCAUUCAUCAACCAUGACUGCCGUGCCAACUGCAAGUUAACUGCCACUGGACGUGGAACUGCUUGUGUGAAGGUCCUGAGAGAUAUUGAAGAAGGGGAAGAGAUCACCUGUUUCUAUGGCGAAGAUUUCUUUGGAGACAAUAAUUCUUACUGUGAAUGUGUCACCUGUGAAAGGCGAGGAAUGGGUGCCUUUGCCAACAAGAAGAACAGAGACGAUGCUGAGAAGGGCUACCGUCUGAGGGAGACUGAUCUGAGGUUGAGGAUAAGCCGCCAGAGGUUACGCAAUCAACAGAAAACAGAACAGGGUAUGGGUAAGGGCAAGAGUGAAGCGGCUGUGAGUCUGAAAGUGGAUGGUAGUGAUAACAAGUUGAAAAUGAAUAACAUGUCCGCCAAAGUGAAUGGUGAAGUGGUGCGACGUGAGUUGAGGACUAGAGGAGGGUCCCGGGACUCUGAAAAAUCUGAUGCAAGCUCAGAGAGUGGUGGUGGUGGUGGGCCACAGCCACAUGUAAAGCGUUCUGGGCCAGAGGACCUCACCCACCUGAACGGCCUCUAUCCCAAAGCCAAGAACAGGAGAACAAGCGCGGACAGUGCUCAGGAAAACAUUGACAUUUCAAAUGGAGACUGUGAUGAACCUGUGAAAGCACAUGGAGGGGAAAAAUUUGGCAAAACAACCUCAGCCAAGGGUCGGCCACAAACCAGAAGUUGUGUGGUGGCCCUUGGAAGUGCAGUUAAGGAGGGAAGCAUUGGGGAUGUGGCCACCAACAAGGUCGAGCAGAACGACAACUGUCUUGACCCCAAAGGAAUCAAGUUGAGGAGCCGCCGCCAACUAGCCACAGCCAUGAGGGAUGUGGGCAACACGCGCAUCCUUCGAGGCCACCAUAACCGUUCUGGUGUGAAGGGUGAUGGAGAGUUUUUUACGGAAGUGGUGGGAAGGGAGGAUGGGGAGACAGUGGCAGGGGCAGAGGAGCCAGCCAGGGUCUCAGGGAGUGAUGCAGAGGAGAGUGGUGGAAGGGAGGCCCCAGCAGUAGUAGCAAGGGAAACAGUGGUUAGAGAGGCGGCACCAAGCUCAAACUGCUUUGUGGAUCUCAGCCGUGUGAAGCUGACAGGUUGCAUGCAGGUAGAUGUGUUGGGGGAAGCAGCAACAGCAGCAGUAGCAGUGCCACACCAAGGCCAUGGCACCACCAGCCCUGGCCUUCAGUGUGCUGGACGACCCCCUCUGCGCAGGCUGCGGAGGCCUCCUGGUGAAAAAUGUGAUAAUUCUAGUUUAGGUUAUCUUAGUGUAGGAAGUAAUUGUUCUAGAAAUAUAAUUACCAAUAACAACAACAACUCCACGGACAAGUUGUCGUCUUCGUCGUCAGUCGAACAGUCACUGCCAAGUUCUCAAUUACCUCAGCAGUCUAUUAGUGAUAAAAAGGCGUUAGACAAUAGCUUGAUGCCUCACAGCAAGAAAGCCAGGCAUUCCAAGUGCAAACAGACAGCUUUAAAAGACAGUGUAGUAGUGACAGCAACAGUGGAAUGCCAGUCCAGCCCAACCAGCCUUGAGGCUACUAAUCUGUCACCAACCAAGGAUGUGUACGAGUUUGAGGAGGAGGAUGAUUCGACCUCCCCAGGGUCCCUUCGGGUGAGCAAGCUAGCGGCAGGGCGGUGGGGUAGGAGUGCCCCACAGUGUGAGUCUCCACCACACCCCCUGGCAGGCUACACCCCUUCCUCCCCCUCUACUGGAAUGAUUACUCCAGAGAAGAGUGGUGGGCGGUGUGGGGUCAAGCUGAGGCUACGGAUGAAACGUUCACCUGUUUUAGAUGAGGUCAUAGAAGUCGGGUCACAUCUCUCGGACUCUGGCGGAGGAGGCGGAAUGACCUACGAGCCAGAGUACGAGGUGCUAACUGUGGAGGGCAUCACCACCCAGGACUAUGAGGAGCACCAUCACAGCCACCACAACCACAACCAUCACCACCGCCGCCACCGUAAGAAGCACCACCGAGAGCACCGUCGCCGUUCUGACUCCUCUGAGAGUGAAAGCACUGAUGGAGAUGGAUCAUCUGCUGCUGCCACUGCUGCUGCCACCUCCACCCCGAGGCCAACUAUGAAGCGACUGCGGCUUAUCCUGGGCAACGAAACCCAUACCAUCACCAUCCCUGGCACCCAUCUGGACAGGAAGUGAGAAACCACUGCUGACACACCAAUAUGUCAUACCACUACCAUGCCAACACCCUGCCAUCUCACCCUGACAAGCCACACCACACCAAACACCAACACUGUAACACACUGCCAGACAUUUACUGACGACAGAGUACUGUUCUCCACACCACACCACAUCACUCCACUCCACUCCACACCACACCACACCACACUACACUUCAGUACAUUCAUCGUCACUUCACUACCCUGCACCACAUCCCAUACAUACCCUUUGGACAACCCAGCUACCAUCACCACCGCCACCACCACCUGCCUCCCUAUCUCACCUCCCUUCCACAAACAUACCGCCACAUGUUUCUGUAAACAGUUUUUCAAGCAAGUCUUUCAGUUUUCAAACCAAUAAGUACAUUAAACUAUUUGUAGUAGAAGACCCUCCUCCCUCCCCUCCCACAGCCACCAUUGAUAACAUGGGACUCCGCCAUUGCCAUUUCAUUGACAUGUAAUAUAUCUCAAGCCAGACCCUCAUCUGCUCCACUCCAUCACAGCCUGGGACAGUGUUUGGCCAAGCACUGGGCUGCAUUGUACGCCUUUUGAAGGACACCAUGGCACAGUUGACCCAUUGCAUUGUAUAAUGAAAUAGGUACUGUGCUUCAUGGAAUACAGUAAGUUUUAUUUAUAUUUUCUUAAUUUUUUAUUGCUAGAUUUGUUCUGAAUCUUACUUUUACUUAUUUUUACUCGGGUCGUGGGACUAGAUGUGUUAAGUGCACUCAUCCUACCCUUUUUAUCCCCAAAGAAUUUUCUUUUACGAUUUUAGUCAGUAUGAUAAUGGAAAUUACAGGAAGAAUUUUAGAUGAAUUUUUCAUAUUUUAGAGUCAAUGAGAGUAAAGUUUUAGCUUAAAAAGGUAUUGGUGAUGAACGGAAAGCACCUAUUCAGCAGCAGAGUACAGAUGGAAGGGUAAUGUUUUAUUUUGAUAUAUGUACACCUAGAAGACUGCACAACAAAAGUUAAGCCACUUGCUUAGAUCUGGGGGUGCUUUAUUACAGAGUUUUAUUUUUGCUUAAAUUUUUAUUUUGACGAAAAGAUUAAUACUAAUACAAUGUAUGAUGUAGAGUGUAAAGCAGUUGCUGCAAUACAAACCAUUUGCAUAGCUAUGGUACAUGUCUUGUUUUUUCAGCUUUAUAUAAAUGUAAUUGGUCACAGGUGAGGGAAAGUGUAUGUGGUCUCAGGUGAUGCAGAGGUAUUGGUACACUUGGGUUAGAGAAAGGUAUUGGUGAUCAUUUAAUUUCAAUAUGGGUAUUGUAUGUUAAUGUGAUGCAUGUAGUAACAGCCCUCAUGUAUCUUGAAGUGCAUUUCAUCUGCAGAAAAUUUGAUGAGCCACAAUUAUUUUCAGCCCAGAAGGUCAAUAGGAUUUCUCUCUCUCUCUCUCUCUCUCUCUCUCUCUCUCUCUCUCUCUCUCUCUCUCUCUCUCUCUCUCUCUCUCUCUCUCUCUCUCUCUCUCUCUCUCUCUCUCUCUCUCUCUCUCUCUCUCUCUCUCUCUCUCUCUCUCAGUACAUGCACAGACAUUGUUUGUAAGGGGUGACAAGAUGUCAUCAAUCUAUUUUACAGUAUGUUAUGAUUGGCCCCUGUGAUUAGGCCACAUCUAAAAACUCAUGUUAGCCUAUUGUGAUAUAAAAAGGGAAUGUAUUCCUACACACGUGACUCUCAUAAAAAGGGAAUUUAUUCCUACGCAUGUGACUCAUGAACACACACCAAGAGUUUGCAGUACCUUCUGGGUCUGAUUGGAUUGGAAAGGAUCAGCUUUAACCUUUAACCAGUCAUGGCAGCACAACAAGGAUGCAUUACGGCUGUUACUGUAUUCAUUAGCCAACAGUAUAUUGUUUUCCGGCUGUUACCAUAGCCAUAAGCCCCAGAGGUUAUUGUGGUUAUUGUUAUAAUUCUAUUUAUUUAAUUUUAUUUAUUUGUUUCAAGUUCUCCAUAGUUCAAUCAGAAGUUAAAAAUAUGUCAAAUGUGACAGUUUUGUAUUUUAUUGUUCUUCGAUUAGCCAUUUUGUUAUGAAAUUGGUAUGAAACUAGAAAGCAGUUUUGGCACACGUGCUGCGUGCAGAAGCUAGUACAGUUGCAUAGCUGCAGAAACAAGACCAUGCUGUACAUGGCUAUGAGUUGACAGGCCUCUUUGUAUUACACUUCAUCGUCACCAUUCCACUCUUUAUCUGUCUUGACAUGAUUUUUUGGAAGACUUGUCAAUACUGUGUAUUGAUGUUUUGAGUACCAUGUCACUGGUAGCUCCUUAACGGCGAUGUUAAUAAAAGUUGUAGAAGCCAAAA